AACCGGAAACUUGAUCGAAUCACAACUUCCACACAUGUGUGGAGGAGAAAACCAGCCCCAUCGCCUACAGUGUGGGUGCUAUAUACAUUUAAAGUGUACACUGAUAACUUUAAUAUCACCGUUUAAUAGUCAUAGUGACCUGAACCCGGAACGGCUGCGUCGACCAGAUGGCGGAGAUCGUUCAGCAGCGGAUUGAGGACAGAAUCCCGGAGCUUGAGCAGCUGGAGAGAGUGGGACUGUUCACCAAGAAAGAAGUCAAAUCCAUAAUCAAGAGAGCGACGGCUCUGGAAUACAAGCUCCACAGGUUGAUCGUGAACAAAGAGGACUUCAUUGCAUAUGUUCAGUAUGAAAUCAACAUUUUAGAGCUGAUCAAGAAGAGAAGAGCGCACAUACAUUACCAGUUCAAAAGAGAGGAGAUUGAGUACCCCAUCAUCCAUAGAAUAAACAGUGUCUUCAGAAGAGCAACAAACAAGUGGAAGGAUGAUGUGCAGCUGUGGCUCUCACAUGUGGCUUUUUGUAAGAAAUGGGCUACCAAAGGCCAGAUCAGCAAGGUGUUCUCAGCCAUGCUUGCUAUACACCCCGACAAGCCAGCCCUGUGGAUCAUGGCAGCCAAAAGUGAGCUGGAGGAUAGAAGUUCCUCUGAAAGUGCCAGACACUUAUUUCUGAGGGCGCUGCGCUUCCAUCCAAACAACAAGAAAGUCUACCAGGAGUACUUCCGUAUGGAGCUGCUGCACUGUGAGAAACUGAGAAAGCAGAAGAAAGAGCUGGAGAAAGCUGAGAUGGACCUGGGUGAAUAUGAGUUUUCUCCAGAAAUCCUGAGUGCUAAACUGGCUGAGGUUGUGUACAGAGAUGCUGCAGGGAAAAUCAAAGAAGCAGAGUUCGUCAUCUCACUUCUCAACAUAGCAGCUAUCUUCGACUUCACCGAAGAACUCCAGGACUUCAUCUUGCAAGACUUACAGGCUAACUACACAGAAGACAGCUUGACGUGGGAUUUCAUGGCUAAGAGGGAGCUGGAGGCUCCGGGGGCAGGGGAAGAGCUGCAGACAGCCAAAGGCCGGGCGUCGGAUAUCAACCGCAGAGAGGAGCGCUGCUGCCAGGUCUAUGAGGAGGGGGUCAAGAGCCUUAACACUGAGCCUAUGUGGACUUGCUAUGUGGCGUUCUGCUGGGAAAGGCUGAAGAGGAAGACCAACGUCCAAGAGCUGAAGGAAAAGAGACAGGAGAGGCUGCUGGGAGUGCUGCGGCGCGCCCACGACUCCUCGCUGCUGAAGGAGGAUUAUUACAAGAACUGGUUGCAGAUCCUGCUCUCAUCCGGAGAUGCUGAGGGCGCGGCCAGUGUUGCCAUGGCAGCCACGCAGCGCUACAGCCAAUCGGUGUCAGUGUGGAGCCUGAGUCUGCAGACAAUGAUGCAGCUGGGGAACGGAGACGUGGGCAAGCUAUUCCAGGACGCUCUCACACGCGUUAAUCCCAAGGAGAGUCUACCACUUUGGCAGCUGCAGGUCCAGUGGAGUGUGGCCAACCAGAGUCCUGAAGAGACAGAAGCAGUCUUCAAGAGAGGUCUGCUGUCUGCAGUAGCGGCUAUUGCCAUGGAGAUGAAAGGGAGCUACCUUGAUUGGUCGUACUCCACUGGAGGCUACAAGAAAGCUAGGAAGACCUUUACAAGCUUACAGGAAAACCGUCCCUUGUCCAAGGCCUUUUUCACCAGAAUGAUUCAGAUCGAGAAGGAACAAGAGACGCCAAAGAUGAACAGUCUGAGAGAGUACUACGAGCGGGCCCUGCAGGAGUUUGGCACCUCAGAUGACGAUCUGUGGCUGCAGUACAUCCAGGAGGAGCUGGGACCCCUUGGACAGCCAGAGAACUGUGGCAAGAUCCACUGGAGAGCCAUGAAGUUUCUGGAAGGGGAGAGUGUGGAUAGGUUCACCUCCAGAUAUACUCUACUUCAGACCGGGCACUUAUGAGUAGCCCUGAAGAGGUCCAAAGUAGCAUAGCUCAAGGCCUCUAAGUUCAGCCAAUGUUCAACAACUGUAGAAGUUUUAUCAACUAAGAGGCAGUACGUUUCAGAGUAGGGGUUCCUCUUGGUCCGGUUGAAAACUUUCAUUGCCUGAAACUGGAAAGCAAGUUUUUCUGUCCAUCAGGCAAAGGCCUGUUGAUUCUUCUUCAAAAGUCUCCAGCAGUGUUGAGGGGAAAUCUUUUUAGAUUUGCUUUAGGCAGUAAUAUUACAACUUGUACCUACUUUCCAUUUUCAUUUACAACAGUUUGUGCUGCAUUUGAUAUCAGACUGAAGUUGGAAAUAUGUAGUACUGUAAGGAUGUCCAGUUGAAUUGAAUUCCACAUUUAUUUGAUACAAACUUUGAUGCUGUUAUAUUAAAACAGUUAUUCAUUCUGGG